AUACAUAUAUGAUUCUGUGAUACUUCGGGUGGGGAAUUCCCACAAGCGUAAUAUCCAACAGUCAGCAAUCGAUUUGAAGUUUCCAUUAUCAUCGAUAAUCUUUCAGUCCUUGCUAUUGAUUGUAUGAGUAACAAAAUUAUUGCGAAAAUGGAUUCAUACGUGCGGCCACCGGAUCCUUUGUCUGGAGAUGGGGAUAUGGUUCAAAAUUGGAAUAGAUGGAGAAAAGAUUUUGUUAUAUAUCUGAAAGCGAGUGAUUAUGCAAAAAAGUCUGAGGACAUACAAGCUUACCUCUUGAGAUCUCACAUAGGAAAAGUUGGUCAAGAUGCUAUAGAAAAACUGUUUCCAAAGAACUCAACAGACAGAGAUAGAGUAGAUGUAUUAUUAAAUAAACUUAGUAACUACUUUAAUCCCCCUAAAAAUGAAGUGAUAGAACGAUAUAACUUCUUCACCAGAGUUUGUAAACCACAAGAAUCUAUCGAGGAUUAUAUUGAGGAUUUAAAACAAAAGGCAGCAGCUUGUAACUUCGGAAAUAUGAAAAACAGUUUAAUCAGAGACAAAGUAAUUGCUGGUUUCAAAGAUAAAAAUCUUAGAAAAAAACUUUUUGAAACAACAAACCUUGACUUGCCAAAACUAAUAGCAAUUUACAAUGAACACAAAAUGUCUCUUCCAGAAAACGCUCAAACUCAUAAGAAGGACACUACUAGUGCUAAAACUGUUGAAGCUGUUGCAAGUAGUAGUGGUAAUAAUCAUAAUAAAAAAAAAGUGACCACACAAAAUCAGCAGUCAUACAAUCCGGAACAUAAAAGAAACUGUGGGAGAUGUGACCAGAAGCAUUCUAUGAAAUCUUGUCCUGCUUGGGGAUUUAAAUGUCAGAGAUGUAAUGAACUUCAUCAUUUCACCUUCUGUUGCCGAAAUAAAUUCCAGGUACAAACAAAUACAAAUCUACCAAACUCAAACCAGUAUCAGCAAAACCAAUACCCGCCUCCGCUUGUACAAACUAACAAUGUGCGACCACCAAUUUUCUACAACAUUUCACCACCAGCUUGCUACAACACUCCACCACCUACGGUCCCUAGUGCUCCACCACUACCUCCUGGUCAACCAUUGUAUCCGAAUUUGAACAAAAAUUCGAGUUCACAGUCAUGGUUAUGGGCUGAACAACAAAAUACGAGAUCAAAAGAAAUCUUCCAAGAAAGUGAAACAUCAGAGCAGUCUACAGAUAUUCUACAGAGCACGAAUAGUACAAAACAAUCAAACUCAACUAAUAACAGCGAAAGCACUACUAAUGAAGAGGCUGAGAAUCGCAAUAUG